AUGUGAGAGAAAUUUUGGAUAAAUUUCAGAUGAAGGAUUGUAAUCCUGCAUCCACACCAACUGAAUUUGGUUUAAAGCUUCACAAAGAUCUUGAAGGGAAAAAGGUGGAUAACACUCUUUAUAGGCAAAUUGUUGGCAGCCUCAUGUACUUAACCGGAACAAGGCCGGAUAUAAUGUAUGCUGUAAGCCUUAUUAGCAGAUUUAUGGAGAGUCCAACUGAAAUGCACUUGCUUGCCGCUAAGAGAAUUCUUCGUUACUUGCAAGGGACGAAGGAUUUCGGUUUGUUUUUUAAAGCUAAUGAAAAGUCAGAAUUAAUUGGCUUUACAGAUAGUGAUUAUGCAGGAGACCAAGACAGCAGAAGGAGCACUUCAGGAUAUAUUUUUAUGCUUGGAACAGGACCUGUUUCAUGGUCUUCUAAGAAGCAGCCAAUUGUCACUUUGUCCAGUACAGAAGCGGAAUUUGUCGCUGCUACGUCUUGUGCUUGUCAAGCCAUUUGGCUAAGGAGAAUUCUUGAAGAAUUGCAGCUUAAACAAGAAGGAGCUACCACAAUUUUCUGUGACAAUAGUUCAGCAAUAAAAUUGUCCAAAAAUCCAGUACUUCAUGGAAGGAGCAAGCAUAUUGAUGUGAAGUAUUAUUUUUUGAGAGAUUUGUGUAAUGAAGGAAAAAUUGAAUUGAAGUACUGUCCAAGUGAGGAGCAGCUUGCUGACAUAUUUACAAAGUCUCUCAAGCUACAUUCUUUCCUGAAUUUGAGAAGUCUGAUGGGUGUUUGCAGCAGAGAAGAUGCAAAACUUUAAACUGAAACUUGUUGAGUUUUUGAGUUUUCAGUUUAAGGAAGGGAUUGUUAGAUAAGUUAAUUAUUUUACUGCAAUUAUUUAGUUCCAGUAUUUUGUUUCAUAGUCAAAGUUAUAGUCCUAUUUUAUAGGAAUUUGGUUGAUAGUGUUCUGUAGAACAUGGUCAUGUUGCAGCAGUUUUUUCUUUCUGUUAAGAUUAUAUCUUUGCUCUUUGUAAGCCUAUAUAAGGGCUGCCAUCCUGCUUAAUAAUAGAACUGCACAUUGAGC